AUCUCAACUUUGGUCCGCAAAGAGUUCUUGAUAUAAGUACAUCGUUUGAGGCUGUCAAUCGAAGCAUUGUCUCCAUCAAAGCUUCCUUCAAAUUGGCCAUCAGAAGCUCCCGAGACAUCUUUCCAACAUUCUUCUAUCGACGUCACUUUGCCGCUCUAUGCUACAAAAGACCCUCAAAUAUAUUAUUAUGACUUUCUGAGAACGACUUCAACAGCGACGUACUUUGAAAGCCAUAAUCCCCAUUGUAAAAAUACUUCAAUUUAUUAUCAUCAUCAAUGUCACAACCAUGGGACUACAUCGCAAAGCUCGUUUGCAUCGGUGAUUCGGGGACGGGCAAGUCCAGCCUAUCCAUACGACUUUGCGAAGGACGAUUCUCUCCAACUCACGAUGUGACCAUCGGCGUCGAAUUCGGAUCGCGCGUUGUCCCAGUCGGUCCUCCAGCAUCUCUAAGUCUCGAUAUCGGACCAGAUAAUACAGCGGACAGCUCAUCGCAUUCACAAGUCACUCCUAAUAACCCCGCGGAAAAGAAUGGAUCAACACAGAAGAAGAUGAAAUUAUCACUCUGGGACACCGCCGGUCAAGAAACUUAUAAGUCCGUCACACGAUCAUAUUUCCGAGGAGCGUCCGGUGCCCUCUUGGUAUUCGACAUCACUCGUCCUUCGACAUUUGCUUCAGUGACCAGCUGGCUCCAUGAUCUCCGUCAAAUAGCCGAGGAAGGGAUCGUCGUUGUUCUAGUAGGGAACAAAUGCGAUCUCGCUAAUGACGAGAAACCCGCCGAUAACGUUCAGGAGGAAGGCCAACAGAACAAAAAUCAGAGGAGAGUCACUCGUCAAGAAGCUGAAGAAUGGUGUCGUUUAAACAACGUCACCCGUUACAUUGAAACGAGUGCAAAAUCAGGCGAAGGCGUCGAACGUGCAUUUCUUGAAGUUGCGGAGAGAAUAUAUCGAAAUAUUGAAGCCGGGAAGUAUGAUUUGAAUGAUCGCCGAAGUGGUGUUAAGGGAUACGGUGCCUCCAAUAGUGGAAUGAGUACCAUGCCCCCAAGGACAAUCACGUUGGGAUUGAAUGAUGCUAUGGAUCGGGGUGGGAAGGGUUGGAGUGGUGGGUGUUGCUAAACACUUGCUAGUCGUUUUGAUCUUUAUUCAUUCGUGUGUGUAUUACUUGAUACCCUUUAUCCUCCUUCUAUAACCUGCGAGGAGCCGCUUUGCUUAUUGAUUCUCAGAUGUAUUGUACUUAGGAUGUAAUCAUAAUUCCAAUCUAUACGAGGCUGAUCAACCAUACAAUGAUCAUAUUAUACCUAGCUUCACAAAAAAAGAAAAAUACUUUUAUAUAGGCGAACUUAUAAAGCAAGCCAAAAAGACCAUCCAUUUUUUAUU